AUGUGGGAGGAGGCCCUGUGGACCCGUGGACGCUACCUGCUGGAGAAGAACGAUGUAGGAGAGAGCGGCGAGGGGCCCGACAACCCGGGAAAGCGGCAGGACUGGCUGUACGAGUCCUACUACAGGAUGAGCCAGCAGCAUCCGCUCAUCGUCUUCCUGCUGCUCAUCGUCAUGGGAACCUGCCUGGCGCUGCUGGUGGUCUUCUUCGCCUCAGGGCUGAAAACAGAGGACCACCUGACCUUUGUGAUCACGGUGCCCACGGCCCUAUUCCUUUUCCUGUCCAUCUUCAUCCUCGUCUGCAUCGAGUCGAUCUUCAAGCGUAUGCUCCGCCUCUUCUCCCUCCUUAUAUGGGCGUGUCUAGUGACCAUGGGCUACCUGUUCAUGUUCUCCGGAGGGCCCCUCAGUCCUUGGGACCAGGUCUCCUUCUUCCUGUUCAUCGUUUUUGUGGUCUACACCAUGCUGCCCUUCUCUAUGAAAUGGGCCAUCAUGGCCAGCGCCUUUACCUGUUUGUCACACACCGUCACCCUCAGCAUCUGCUUGGCGUCCACCGCCAAGGACUUGGAAGCACUCGUCUGGCAGAUUCUGGCCAAUGUGAUCAUCUUUACCUGUGGUAACUUAGCGGGGGCGUACCAUAAGCACCUGAUGGAUGUCGCCAUCAAACAGACCUAUCAAGACACCUGCAACUGCAUCAAGUCCCCCAUCAAGCUGGAGUUUGAGAAACACCAGCAGGAGCGGUUGCUCUUGUCGCUGUUGCCGUCUCACAUUGCCCGAGUGAUGAAAGCCGAGAUCAUCCAGCGACUUCAGGGGCCCAAGUUCGGCCGCACCGAGAGUGGCAACAACUUCCACAACCUCUACGUGCAGAGGCACACCAAUGUCAGUAUUCUUUAUGCUGACAUCGUGGGCUUCACCAGGCUGGCCACUGAUUGCGCUCCAGGGGAACUUGUGCAUGUGCUCAAUGAACUCUUUGGAAAGUUUGACCAGAUCGCUAAGGAAAACGAGUGCAUGCGAAUCAAGAUCCUGGGAGACUGUUAUUACUGCGUUUCUGGUCUGCCGGAAUCCUUGCCUCACCACGCCAGGAACUGUGUGAAGAUGGGCUUGGAUAUGUGUGAGGCCAUCAAGAAGGUUCGAGAUGCCACCAGGGUCGACAUCAACAUGCGCGUGGGCGUUCACUCAGGGAACGUCCUGUGCGGCGUGAUCGGCCUUCGCAAGUGGCAGUACGACGUGUGGUCACAUGACGUGACCCUGGCCAAUCACAUGGAGGCGGGAGGUGUGCCAGGGAGGGUGCACAUUUCUUCGGUGACUCUGGACUACCUGAAGGGCUCCUAUAAGGUAGAGCCAGGAGACGGACAAAGUCGAGACUCUUACCUGAAAGAGCACGGAGUGGUCACCUUCCUGGUCAUCAACCCCAAGACUGAGAAGCACAGCCCUCUGCUAGGCUUGCGCUCUCGCCCGUCUCUUGAUGGCGGCAAGAUGAGGGCGUCCGUCCGGAUGACACGCUACUUGGAGUCGUGGGGCGCCGCCAAGCCCUUUGCUAACCUCCACCACCGUGACAGCAUGACCACAGACAACGACAAGAUCAACACCACUGAUGUUCCGAUGGGUCAGUACCACUUCCAGCGAAGGGAGCGGUCCAAGUCACAGAAAAGGCGGUUUGAGGAAGAACUCAACGAGAGAAUGAUUCGCACCAUAGACGGCAUCAAUUCACAGAAACAGUGGUUGAAGUCAGAGGACAUCCAGCGGAUCUCAUUGUUCUUUCACAACAAAGCCCUGGAGACAGAGUACAGAUCUACAACCUUACCUGCGUUCAAGUACUACGUCACGUGCGCCUGCCUCAUAUUCUCCUGCAUAUUCAUCGUGCAAGUCCUCGUCUUGCCCAAAACUGCAGUGCUGGGGAUAUCCUUCGGCCUGGCCUUCUUGCUAUUGGCUGUCAUCCUGGGUCUUUGCUUUGCUGGUCACGUUCUGCAAGGCCAAAAGGGAUCGGUGUGCUCUUUCCCCUGGUUGAACACUUCCUCCCGCAUCAUCGUCACCAACAAUCCCUGGUUACGAUUGGUCCUCACCAUGACGACCACCGCCCUCAUCCUGGUGAUGGCAGUCUUCAACAUGUACUUCAUAUACUGCUGUAUUCUUGGCCUGGUGUCGUGCUCGGUGUUCCUGAGAGUCAACUAUGAGCUGAAGAUGGUGGUGAUGCUGGUCGCCUUGGUGAUCUACAACAUCAUCAUUCUCCAGACGCACGCUCCGCUGCUAGACGGCUUCAGCAAAGCGCUUUAUCCCACCGAAGCUCUGGACAGACCAGGAAUCCUUAAGGACCUUAAAACCAUGGGUUCUGUGUCCCUGUUCAUCUUCUUCAUCACAUUGCUGGUGUUGGCCAGACAGAAUGAAUAUUACUGUAGGUUGGACUUCCUGUGGAGGGACAAAUUCAAGCGGGAGUGUGAGGAAAUUGAGACCAUGGAGAACCUAAACCGAGUCUUACUGGAGAAUGUCCUGCCUGCCCACGUGGCUGAACACUUCCUCGGACGCAACUGGUGGAAGAAUGAGGACCUUUACCAUCAGUCGUACGACUCCGUGUGCGUGAUGUUCGCCUCCAUCCCAGACUUUAAGGAGUUUUACACUGAGUCUGACGUCAACAAGGAAGGACUCGAAUGCCUCCGUCUCCUCAAUGAGAUCAUAGCAGACUUCGAUGAGUUGCUUUCAAAGCCAAAGUUCAGUGGAGUGGAGAAGAUUAAGACCAUCGGGAGUACCUACAUGGCAGCCACCGGACUCAACUUGACGCCAGGACAAGAGUGUGCACAGGAACAUGACAGACAGUACAUGCAUAUAGGCACCAUGGUGGAGUUUGCCUUCGCUUUAGUCGGGAAGCUCGACGUCAUCAAUAAACAUUCCUUUAAUGACUUCCGACUCAGAAUCGGGAUAAAUCAUGGACCAGUCAUUGCUGGGGUCAUCGGGGCCCAGAAACCUCAAUAUGACAUCUGGGGAAACAGCGUGAAUGUGGCCAGUAGGAUGGAGACCACAGGAGUUCUGGGGAAAAUCCAGGUGACGAAAGAAACGAGCGAGAUCUUAUCAACGCUUGGCUACGUGUGCUCAUGUCGAGGCAUAAUCAACGUGAAGGGCAAAGGGGAUCUGAAGACAUACUUUGUUCACACAGAAAUGACCCGAUCCCUGUCACAAGGCACCGUCAUGCCUUGA